CAUUUUAUUAAAUACAUAACGUUUAUCGUUUUAUUUCUCAAACUUUCCUUCAUUUACAAUUUUGUUUCUCUUAAUUUUUUGAUGACUAGUUCUUAUAUAUUUUUCAAGAGAAAACACGAUAAAUCAAUCGUCUAUUCGAACGAUCAAUCGAGAAGAUAAAUUAUUAUCGUUACAAGUUGAAUCACAAUAACAAGGGCUAGACGAGGCAUAAAGAACGAGGCAAAAGCGACGCCAAGCAAGGGUUGCGAACCAAUUUUCAUGUUUAUUCUUGGCCACGAUGCGCCGCUAGCCAUGAAUAGUUCGGUUGGGAACGCGAUUAGUGUCUGGGACAGAUACACCACGUGCUUUUUUACUUUCUCGUGUGCAUUUUGAAUACUGUGCCCACGCAUUCUUGCACCAAUCCACACUCAGCUGAUUGUCAGCUGAUCACCACCUGAACGAUCAGCUUUCGCUAAUUUAUUGAAUCGCGACAGCAUGUAUAUAUACGUAUGUUUACAUAUCGUGCUACGAUAGAGUCGUAUUAAAUAAAAUCGGUGUUCGCAGUUUGAGGUAAGCGUUGGAAAGCGUUUACAGGUGCUUUUCCAUCGAAUUUUAGGUUAUCUCUUAUCAGCAGAUUCGCGUGUUUGUUCUGGUUUCGCGGGAUUCCUAGCCUCGAUGUUUAUUAUCUAGCUUUGCGAGCUAUUGGAUUAUUACACGAAUUGCAUCACCAGGUAUAGUUCGUAACACGAAGGAAAGAAUUCGUAACACAGGAAACAUCACGAAAAAAAAAAUACACUGAUAUAACAAUUAAAUCGUUUUUCGUGUUAUAGCGAAUUUUGUUUGUACGAAGAACCCGUGAGAAUGUCUGCGUGACCUAAUAUCUCUUAUCGGAAGUACGUAGAUCGAGUGGAAGCAGUUUCAAUUGACUGCCGUCCACUUAAUCAACGAGUAAAUAACAAUAUAAAUUAAUAAUAUUUAAAAUUAAACUACGUUCAGAUAUAGAUCUGUUUACAACAAAAGGCGUCGUUGUUUAUAUAAUUUAAAAAUUCAAUUCAGAUCAUCCGUUAAAUCAAUAUGUUCCUAAUAAUCGAGCGAUAAAUCAUCGCUCUUAUUCGAUAUAAUAAAAAAAUCACGCUAUUUUCUCAUGAUUUUGAAGUUUAUCCAACACUGAAAUACGUGGCCCGUGUAAGCGAUAUCGUCCUUUUCUUUUUUACUCUUAUGCGUGAUUUUGCAAUGUAAUCGUCUGUCUAGUCUGCCAACUUCGUCGCGAAUUUUCAGACCUUGUAUUAUAGCAAGCGCGAAGACAAUGCGUCCUCGAAUGGUCGCGUCACUUUCGAAACAACCUGUGCAAAAUACCGGGGCAGAUUGCCAUUUCUCGAUAUCUCUUCUCGUCUCGUUGUCUCGCCAUUCGCGAAAAGAGAAGUUGCGAACAAGACGAAACACAGCAACGAUCGCCAUUAUAUAAAUCCAUUUUUGGUGAAACAAAUCGGAUGGAACGGAAUAUUUUCCAUCCUUACGUUCGUUAUUCCAUAUAAUAAAGUAUCUCCCCCGAUGAAAUGCCGAACAUCAGUCCAUUUUUUUGCUCCUUUCUAAUGAUAUCGAUUCAUAGAAUCGGCGUUUUAAUAUUUAUCGCGAGGAACAGAGUGGACUACCGUUCACGAUACUGCUAUCCGCCGAAGGGCCGAAUAAAAAGUCAUUUCUCCGUAACAGUUAUUGGCAGACGGACAAGAGAAACAAAAACUGGUAAAUUACAUCCUCCUGGUUGGAGGAGCUCUCUCGGAGUAUCUUCUUCUUUUUUCCUUUCCCCCCUCUCUGUUCCAUAGGUAUGCAACUAGGUAGAAAAUUUCUUGCUCGACCCGUGAUCGUAGAAAUUGAUCUUUCUCCAACUCAUUGAUUACCAUUUCUGCGUUCCAUUUAUAUUUUACUUCGAAUCUGUUUACGAUCACAUUCGGAUUAAUCGGGUAAUUGGAUUAUUUAAUAAUUUAUUUUCUUCUAUUUUAUUCGCUCUACGUUCAACGUACUUCGGUUCAUUGAUAGUUUAUUACGAUGUAGUAAACCCAUUCAUCAUGAAUCAACUACUCGAUCAAUUGACUUUAAUCCCUGUACUGGUUCGUUUAAUACUCGACGAGUAUUCCUACCGCAUCUUAUACCGUUCAAUCAAGAAUUCUUUGUCCCCUUUACGAUUUGAUUUCUUUCUAAUAUUUUCUCGACUCGAAACAUUAGUCGUUUUAAUAUAAACGUUUUAAUUGAUUCAAGUGUUUCCUGGUUUGUUUCCAACUCAAACAAGGAUUGCACUAACGACAUUGUCAUUCUAUUAACGUCGAUUAACAUUCCGUUCGAAAUUCCGCAAAAUGAUUUCUCCUUCUUCUUUUUUUCUUUUCUUUUCUUUUCUUUUUUUUUUUUCAUCUAUUCAGUAGCGUCUUUUCUUCUGACACAAACUUUAAAACAAACGCAAUAUUCAUCUUUUUUUUUUCAAGGCAAUCAAGCUCAUUAAAAAAAACGCAAACUGAUCAAAUAUGUAUGAUGUAAUCUCAAGCACACGCUUUUUUAAUUGUCGAUAAUUUCGAUUUGUUAGUGCGAAGCGAUAUCGAAUCGAGAUUAUGAAAUACGAUUUACCUUAUUGAUAGGUUUUGGACUGAUAAAAAAAAAAAAAAGAAAAAAAGAAAAAGAAAGGAAAAAAAUAGAAUAAUCACCGUAAUAAUACCGGUAAUUAUUACAAUCGUUAAAAUCUAUAUAUUAUAGUUCGUUUGUUCGAUUUUAUUUUUUAAUAUUUCCAGGAUUAUAUUUCGUUCUUUGUAUUCACGAUUUAGAUAUUGUACAGGAGUGUUUAAGAUUCUUCCAUAUUCUAUGAAAUUAUAUCCGCUUUAUAAAUAUUUCGAGCUAAUCGAUAUAUCUUUUCCCUCGAAUACGAUUACGAGUCUCUUCUCGUCUCGAGAGAAGCUUGUUUAAAUUCAUUUUUCAUUCAAUAGCAAAAGACGUAAGGGAUAUUAAUAACUUAACCUAACAUUUCUAAACAAAUUGUGGCUAUUAUUCAAAUAGAUAUGACAACUUAUGCGUUAAGAUAAUCAUAAACAACGAUAAUUGGUAAGAUUGAUACAAGACAAACAGUUUCUGUAGCAUGAUCUUUUGACACGAGUAAUAUAUCAAGAACCGUAUCAUUUUUCUUUUCUUCUUUUUCAUUCUUUCAUUUUAUUUUUAACUCUCGAUAAAUUUCGAUUUCGAUGCCCGAGAGAAGAUGGGAAAUUCGAUUUUACGCGGUAAAAAUUGGAAAAAUUGUAAUCGAAAACCGGAAAAACUUGCACCAUCGAGAGAUCGAGUUAUUAUCGUAAUUAGUUGAUUCUUAAUUGCAUCGAAAGAUGAGAUCUAUUUAUUGAGUCACGCUUAUCCCCACUUCUUAGCCAUCUGCUAAUACAUUUAUCCAUUGUAAAUCAAUCUUAUAUCGCGUUAAACAUUCCAGGCACGAGCCGCCAACUCUGCGAAAAUAUCGAUAAAAUUCCAACAAUAAAAAAAAUAGUACGUGAUCGAUCUAAUCGCGUAUCAUCCGCGUUCAAAAAUAUAUCAUUAAAUUUAUCAUUUAUAUCUGUUCACAGUACAUCGAUUCGGCAAAUCUCGAUCUAGAAAUUUGGACUUUCUCAUCAAUCUUAUCUUUAUCAAUAGAGCUAAUUUUUCCUGGUUUAAAGAGACACGUUAAAAAGAAAAUGCGAAUUAAUUCGUUUAAUCACAUAAUGAUAUACAUAAUGAUAUGCAUAAAAUUUUAUUAUUUAUGCUAAGACGGUAUUUGAGCCAAGGUCGGUGGUUUAACAGGUUUUCAAGAUGCAUUAGAGUGGGAAAUUUACACGAACGAAAGUUUACGAGUCUAAUUAUCGGCGUGAUUAGUUUCUAUCAUCUAAGACGUCCUUGAUGAAAUAUCGAAGUUGAUAACGGUCCUCAUCGUAUCAAAGUUUCUCGAUGAUAAUUCCCCUCUAACCGCGAUAUUUUUGCAUUCGUUAUUAUUUUAACCUCCAUCAACUUGUCAAUUCUCGAUGGCAAGAAUUUUUACCAUUCUUUUUCCUUUUUUUCUUUUUUUUUCUCUCUCUCUUUUUUUUUUUUUUUUUUUUUUUUUGCGUUCGUCGAUACGAAUCGAAUGGAAAAUGAUCGGUAUAAUUUUUAGCCUAUUAUGCCAACCUAAUUUACGAGCGAUAAGGUACAACCACUUUGUUGUUACGUAUACUCGAUUGUAUAUAAACGUAAGUUUAUAUAUAACGACCUCGCAUAUAUAACUGGAACGCAAAUAUUGACGGUUGACUAUAGCGAUGCGCAGGUGAUAUCAGCCAACGAUGAACUUAGCCUUCCAAUUUACCUAUACGCUUUUCUAUUUCGAUAUCUAUCCUCUUAACUCCCCUCCUCCCUCCCCCCUAACGUUCAACACGUCAAAAUUCAUCGAUCUCUCUCUUUUCCAUAUCUGGUUCACAUCCAUUUAUCUCCGUGAAUCUUCUUGUUGCGAAAAAAUUGGGAAAAAAGUUCCAAAAUUCGGGAGCACAAUGCAAUUUUUCAUCGACUCUUCCUCCACUCCACGCGUAAGGCUCUCGUUUUUCAGGAAGCGAAACGAUAGCUCGGUGAACGUCAUGCAACACCGAGGCAUCGUUUUCCCUGUGGCACGCGAUCCAUUCCACCUUUCUUUCUCCUUUUCCACGGUUGGACGCGGCUUGGACGAGGAAAGGAAUCCCCGAUGCAAAAGUGUCUUGCAUCGUGUUCGAAUUACGCGAACGUGGCGGAACACGCCGAAUAUUCGAACACGCGGGAUUGCGUAAGUGUCGUAAGUAGAAUGCGACGCGGAAACGGAGGGGUCGAUUAUCGAUUUUUCUGCGGCUCGAUCAGCCAGCCGGUUUGCCUUGCAGCUUGUCCGCUACGCAUGCUAUAUACGAGGCAUGCGUAACUUUUAUUCGCGAUGUUGGCCGCGCAUCUGUGAAAUUAUUCUCUCUUUACGACCCCUUCGCACGUGGAAUCGUCCACAUUCCUUCCUUCUCGAUGCUUGGUCCCGUUAGUAUUAUAGUUUCGUUCGACGUCCUGAGCGUAAUUGUUUUUUAAACCGCUCGAUAAAUAGGCUUUGCGUUGCGCGUCAUGGAUCGGAUAAGAAUGAUAAGAACGAGCGAUAAACGAUAAGAUUUAGAGAUAUGAGAGUCCCUCGAUCAUAGGUGUGCAUUAAUCGUGGUUUGUUCGUUCGAGGUUUGGCUAAGGAUUCUGUGGAAUCCUGAUCGAUAGUUGUUUGCGACUCGAGAAUAGAAUUCUUCUUUUAACGCGUAAAGACAAUAUUGGAAUUAUCCUUUUGUUUGGAAUUCGAUAAGGGAUUCCAUUGAGAAUUCCGAUUGAGAAUUGUUUGCGUUCCUAGGAGAAUUCUUCUUUUGUUUGUUAAUAAUGUAAAAACAAUAUUAUUUUUAUUCCUCCGUUUGGGAUUCGAAUAGGGGAUUCUGUAAAAUUCUCGUUGAGAUAUUCGGUUGUGGUUCAAAUAUUAGAUAGAGUUCUUCUUUAAUUAUGUAAAAACAUUGUUGUUUGCGUUAGAUAUAAAGAUGAUUCGAUUUGUAUGAUUCAAGGGUGGAUGAUUAUACUAUGACGAGAGAAAUAUUCUAAGAAAUAUUUACUUUGGAAAAUAAUAUUUGAAUAGAUAAUGCAUAAUAAGAAUUUCUAACUUAAAAGUUUUUCAUAAAGUGAUUUUAAAAUACGUGAUUACGUUAUCGUAGAUAGAGCUUGUUUUGUCAAUGCAAAAAUAGAUAGUACUUUCUUUUUAAAAUUUAACUUAUAUGGAAUAAUGUAAUCGGCAAAGAUAAUUAAUGAAAUGUAUUAUGAUAUUUUCGUAUAUUUUUUUAUAUUUAUACAAUUACAUGAUUUAGUUCAAAUUAAACUUUAAAUAUUAAUAAGAUAAAUUUCAAAUUGAUUUUAAUUGAUCAAUAUUCAAUUUUCAAUUUAACAUUUGAAAUAAUCAAUAAGAAAAAUCAAUAAAUAAAUAAAUAAAAAUGGAACAAAAAAAAAUUUAAAUAUUAAUUCAACUUGUAAAAAAUUCGGUGGAUAAUUCGCGAAACUUUAGGAAAAGAUUUAUUUUAGCAAUAUUUUUGACGUGGAAAAAAAAAUGUAGAAAAUUGUAAUAAUUAACGAUUAGUAAAUGUUUCUAUGUUUAAACGUUCCCGCUUGAUGACGUCAGCCAGUCUAGCCAAUAUAAUAAAGACUGGUGACGCAAACAUUCGACUCUCAAAGCUGUAGCGUAACGAUAAUUGUUUGGAUAGAUGAAAGUUACGUAGCGCGAUCCAUAAAUUAUGAGAUCGUCGCACAUGUGUACGCGCGAAACUUUGAUGACAUGAUGAUCGAGAAACGAGUUUACGAUCUAGCUUGAAAAGUUUCGAGAAGAAUUUUCAUUUUUGAUCGAUGGAUAUAGAAUGGAUAUAUAUAUACAUAUGGGAUGGAUGAUAAACAAUCGAAGGAUUCUUUUCCAACAGCGUAGCAACGAAACGAGGAAAUGGACGAGCGAGAGGAGUAGUCUUGACCAGAAAUUUUUCUCGAAGCGGCAAAUUCAAACGAUCGGCGCGCAACACGAACGAUACAACGUAAAGUUCACGCGAUUAGCAAUCAAAAGAGAGAUAUAAUUUGGAAGAGAAGAUAUAGGUUAAAAUAAAAGCGAAUUACGUUUAAAUCAAUCUCGAGGAUCGUCAAUUUUCUUAAUAACAUGAUUCUAUUAAAGUCACUCGUGAUAAGAGGUGGUAAUUUAUACUUAUAAAAUUAACAUUUUUUCCUGCUGCUGAUCAGUUGAGUAUAUCGAAUACGUGCAGUAAUUAAUAACGAUUCAGCCUAUCUUGUCGAUCAAAUAUUUAAGCGCUACGCUAGCUACUCGAAGAGAGAAUUGAAUUAAUCGAUAAAGUCGUUCGAUAAGGAAGAAAUAAGAAAAAGAAAAAGAUGUGGAAACUGAACAGAAAUCUUUCAAGUAUCUUAAAAAAUCGUGUGCCCAAGUUGAAGAGAUUCGAUUGGACGAGUAAAAUGACGUCGUCGUCGUCGUCGUCGUCGUCGUCAUCGUCGACGUCGUCGACAUCGUCCACAUCGUCGUCAUCGUCCACAUCAUCGACAUCGUCCACAUCAUCGUCAUCGUCAUCCUCCUCAUCGUCGACGUUUAAUUCUAACAUGGUGGUACCUAAGAACGAGGUGAUCAGAUUUAUCUCCGAUUGUUUAUGCAAGGUUGGAACAACCCCCGAGGAUGGGUAUAUCGUUGGCCAUCACUUAAUGACUUCCGACUAUUGUGGCCAUUUCAGUCAUGGAAUGAACAGAAUGCAAGCUUACGUGUUGAGUAUCAAAAAUGGGAUAACCGACCCUUCCGCGAAACCGAGGGUCGUUAGUGAUUUUCAGGCGGUAGCUUUAAUCGACGGGAACAACGGAUUGGGGCACACGAUCGGUAAAUAUUGCAUGGAGCUCGCGAUAGACAAGGCAAAGAAGUACGGCAUCUCAAUGAUCACGGUUCGUGGCUCGAAUCAUUAUGGGAUAUGCGGUUAUUACACCCAAAUGGCGAUCGAAAAAGACUUGAUAGGCUUCACCUGCUCGAACACUAGUCCAUUGAUGGCCCCGACGCGAAGCAGGAUCUCGGGAUUGGGGACGAAUCCGUUAUCUCUGGGGAUGGGUGCGUCGGGGGGCGACAAGUUCCUGUUGGACAUGGCCACGACAGCCGUGGCGUUUGGAAAAAUCGAGCUGGCCAUGAGAAAGAACGAAUCGAUUCUCAGGGGUUGGGCGCUCGGGACGGAUGGGAAAAUUACGACGAACGCUCAAGACGCGUUCAAUGCCGGCCGUUUGAUGCCACUCGGAGGUGUGGAAGAGAAUUCGAGCUACAAAGGGUAUGGAUUGGCUUUGAUGGUCGAGGUGCUUUGUGGAAUUCUGUCCGGUAGCGAUUUCGGGCCUAACAUCAGGCAAUGGAAGGACAGGGCGAAAAUUGCCAAUCUUGGCCACUGUUUCAUAGCUAUAAAUCCCGACGCUUUUACAACUGGAUCGAAGGAUAGGUUGGCCAAACUGUUGACGCAAUUGAGAAACUUGCCUCCCACCGAGAACAAAUCUGUCUUGAUACCCGGGGACCCGGAAAGAAAUGCCAUGAAACGCGUCGACAGGGAGGGUGGGAUUUCGUAUCACCCUAAUCAAUUGAAAUUAUCCAGAGAUUUCGCGGAAAAAAUGGGUGUUAAACCUAUGCAACUUGUUCCGAAAAAAUAAAUAAAGUAGGAAACUAUCUUAGUAUUAGAACCUGAUACUUCUUAACCUAUCUAUCAUUUAUGAAUUUCAACAUGUUUAUUUAUUAUUAUUAUUACUAUUACUAUUCUUAUUCUUAUUCUUAUUAUUAUUAUUAUUUGCAAAAUAUGAUUUAAUAGUUUUAUAAUUUUAAGAUCUAUCAUUAUAUUUAUUCACACACGAGGAUACGACUCUUAUGAUAUCAUGAUAUUAUAAUAUUUUAAAGAUAUUUUGUAACAAAUUGAUUGUGAUAUUUUAUUAUAAUUGAUUAAGAUAUUUUAUGAUAAUUUUCAAUUAAACGUAACAAUAUACAUAAUAUAUUUUCAAUUGCACAUUGUCUAUUGCCUCUGUUAUAUAAUUAUUCGUUCUAAAACAUCGGUUAAUAACAUAUUUUAUUUUCGCAUAAUGUUUACACAGUGAAUUGAGCUUGCGUGUCGAUUUAAUGGAAAUAUGCUCGCGAUGAUAUAACCAGUGUUGCGGUCUGAUCGUUGGUCGAUGAUCAUCAUUCAUCAUCAUCAUCGUCGUCGUCGUCGUUAUCAUUGUCAUCAUCAUCAUCAUCAUCAUCAUAACGACCUUGGACUUGAUCGCGAUACCUCGAUUUCAUUUGUUACCGAUCGGUAAUAUCGCACGAUUAUCAACGCCAGAUUCAUCGGUGGAGAAGAAACGAGACGAUUUGAUGUAAUCGAGGAUACGACGGGAUAAAGCGAUCCUCUCCUAUCUUUAGGAUUAUAUCGUCUGAUCGUAAAUAUAAAAUACGAAGCUACAAUGGAGAUACAUUGGUUGAGAAUCGCAUAAUAUAAAUGGAUAUAAUGUAAACUCGAAGAAAUUCGAUCUUUUAUCAGUUUUAACGAUACUUCGUUACUGCACUAAGUAAAAUCUCGUGAUAUAUUGCCGUGCGAUUAAUUCGCAAGGACGCGUUUGAUAUCGCGAAGAUUAGUCUCCUUGUUUUUUUUUUUCAUUCCCGUAGAUGAUUAAAUUUGAUAUAUCUAUUUUUUUCUUUAAAGUUUUUCCGUAAUCUCUAUUUAACUUAAUUACUUUUUUAUCUCCUUUUUCUCUCUCUCUCUCUUUUUUUUCCGUCUGAACUGGAAACGAUCAACAGUAAUUUUUCUACGCAGUAAUUAUUUCCAUCGAAAGUAAAUAAAAGUUAAUGGUAAUAUCAGAAGUGGUCGAUUCUUUCUGGCUGGGAGCGCGGUAAACAGGGUUAUCGGGGAAGACUCGCAGACUUAAAGUCUGCCUCGAUUCCUUCGUUAUCGUUGCUGUUUUUUAUUCGGAAAAGGGGAACGCACGAACGUAAUUGAUUCCUUCGAGAUAAUUUCUAGGAAAAAGAAAAAAAAAGAAAAAAAUUCUUCUUGGCAGUAACGCGGAUGAAAACAGAGCCAUUCUUUUGAUGAUUGGAUCGAUUCUCUUCGUCCGUUUUCAUCGUAAAAAGAAAGAAAAAAAAAAGAUUUGAUCGCCGAUCGCAAUACUUUUAGAUGGAUAAACUAGAAAAUAGAUUAAAACAGACCUCGACUGAGAGAUAAUCGUCGAAAUUUGUAUUCCGUCUCGCCGAUCGUUCGUUCAUGGCGCACCGUGUUCGCCUUUUGCAUAGAAAUGUCGAAUAGAAAUUUCAUCAUUCCGCGUAUAAUAUAAACUGCAACUCUCUAUUUAUUUCGCUGUCCCCACACGUAUCACGGAUCGGUAUCAUUGGUGAAAAAAAAAAAAAAAAAAAGGAAAGAUCAACGGAUAAACAGGGAGUAUCGAGCUCGAGGAUACGCCAUUACAUAUUUUGCAAUCGAUACGGGAAUAGAAAAUAAACGAAAAGAGAACGAGAGAGUGUUUUCGCGGAGUACAUCGCGACAGAUGAGCGUCGCGAAGGGUUCAAAAGUUAUCGAAACGCUUUGUUUAUUGCCACGUUAUCGAGCAGGUCGCAAAAGCGUGCUCCUCCGGCUAUCUUACUUUUCUCUCUCUCUCUCUCUCUCUUAUUUUCUAACGAUAACACGCGCGAAGGGUUUUUCCCCCCGCCUCACUCCUCCUAGCAAACAGCGGGGAAAAAACACGGUUCACGAUUGUGAACACGGAGUGACACAGGAGAGAAAAUAACGCGAUAAGAAGAAUAUAAUAAAUCUGGUACUGGCGAUGAUUCACAUUAUAUUUCCAAGAUACGCGAAUAUAUUAUUACGAGCCGAUUAAUCUCUCUCAUUGUCCUAGAAAUAUUUAAUUAGACGUUAUCUCGGUUGGAUCAGGUCUUUAUCUUGCGUCUUCUAUCGCGCGAUUCGAUCAGGUUACACCGCACCACUUCGUCCUAGACCUUAUUUACAACGCACGCAACUGUUACACAAUUGUUCGAUCUUUCUCCUUCCUCCUUCGAAAGAAGCGAAGUGGAAUCUGAGAAAAUUUGACCCGCGUUGGAAUCGAUGGUUGGAAA